GUUCUCUGCCGUACGUAGUUCAGUAACAUCACGACGCCGAUGCGUAAACAGACGAUCUUAUCAAUUCGAAUUAGCUGAUUCUCGUGAAACAUAUUGAAUUCAAUAAAUAGUUACAAGUGGCUGUGCGAGUGUAAAUGAAAAUGGCCGCAAGCGACACCGACUGCUUAAAAAAUCUCAAGAGUCUGCGGCAAAAAGUCAAUUGGGGGCUGGAAACGGAUCGACGCGACUUACUCCGCCGACUCGACACUUUGAUCAGCGAUUGGCAGGGCCAACUUCCGAAUCUCCGUGAAUUUUAUACGGACUACGAGAUCGAGACGCUCCUCUGCGACGCCGUCGAUCUUUCGGCCGAAGAGACGGAAGGCGUCGGCGGGCCGGGAUCGCGAUUCGUCGCGUUCGUAAUCAAGACCGGCUACAGGGACGAGCCCGAGCUCGACGAGACGGGCCAGACGGUGUUGCCUCGCACCACCGCGAUACAUCGGGCCUACAGCGUCAAGAACUUCUCCAUCUUGCCGGCUCUGUUCGAAAUCUACGACAAUUUCCGCGAGGUCGUCUACAACAAACGCGUGUUGACGCACUUUCACGUGGCCUGCAUAGCCGGCCUCGACGAGGUCGUGCAAAAAUUUUUCGACGUCGGCCGGGGUCCCAAUAGCAUCUGGCCGAAGAGAGGCGAUUCGCCGCUACACCUGACCGUUGACGGCCUGCACAGGAGGACGGCCGAGCUGCUGCUGAGACACAGAGCCGCCCAUCCCAAUUACCCCAACGGUGAUGGAUCGUUGGUGCUGCACCUCGUCGCGAAGAAGGGGGACAGCGACGAGGCGCUGGACUACGCGAGGAUGUUCUUCGAGAUCAACGAGGAGAUGAAUCGCGAGGUGGUGGUGGACGCUCGGGACAGGCUGGGUCGGAGCCCGCUGAACCUGGCGCUGGAGCUGGGGCACGGGAGACUGGCCGAGCUGCUGCUGAGACGCGGCGCGGAUCCCAAUUAUCCCAACAAGGACGGCGCGACUCCUCUGCACGUAAUCUCGGCGCGCCAGAGCGACGACGCGGACGAAUUGGCGAAGCGGUUCUUCGAGGUCUGCGAGGAUGUAAAUCGGCCGGUGCGGAUCGACGCGCGGGACGGCUCGGGUCUGACGCCGUUGGAGGUGGCCGUGGCGAAUUUCGUGCCCGCCAUGAUCGACGCGCUCCUGGACAAGGGCGCCGAUCUGUCCAGCUUCGUCUUUCCCACCUAUCAUUACUCCGCCGAGGCUUUCGAGGCGGCGCAUCGCAAGAGGAUCGACGUGAAAACGAGACUGCUGACUCGCGUUCUGGGCUGCGUCGAGCGUCUCGAGGCACGAGGCCACCGACUGGAGCCGCGCGACGCCCUGACGAUCCUGAAACUGUUGCGCGCGUACAAAUUGCUCCACGACUCGAACGAGCUGCCCGGAACCUGGCGCACCGACGAGCAAUUCCUGAGUCUGGUCGAGCGAUGCGCCUUCAAGCCGGGCACGUCGUUUCGCGACUUGAUUCUGUUGAGACUCGACGAGGCGUCGAAACGGUUCAACAGGGUCACGGACUUUUUGCCGCUCUUGAAUUCGGACGAGUUCUCGAGUCUACCGGGAACGACUCGCGACAGGUGCCUCAAUUAUCUGAGCGAGAUAAUGACGAGGGGAUUUUUGCGUCGGUGGUCGCCGAUAAUUUUUCAGGAUCUGGCGCGCUACGAGCUGCCGACUCUCUGCUGUCGUAAAGUCGUCGCGAUGCUGAGCGUCGGUGAUUUACGUAAAGUAUGCUUGGCAGCGGAAAUCGUCGCGAACGAGGAGAGUCAAAGUACAUGAUAACAAUUGCUAUGAGGCUACGAAAUUGAAGAACUUUAAAUCCUCUUAAUUAUUCUUAAUCGAUCUGGGAAUUAAAUAAUUUUAUUUAAAACUGAUUAAAUAAUUUGUUAGUUGAAAAUUUAAAAUAUUAUUUGUAUGGAUGCCUAAUUUUCAUGAUGUACCAAAUAAAACUUGACAUAAAAUUUACGAGAUUAAUUGUAAAUUAAAUAAAA